AUGAGAUUAUUAGUUAGCUGUGUGGAUAAUGGAUCCAUAAAGGAACUUUUGUGUAACGUUGGCACUGACACUUCUGUACAAACGGCUCUACAACCAUUUCACGUGGCUCCUCAUCUAGCCGAGGGAUUGAAAAGUCACAUUAACAAAAUAUGGAUGAUUUCUAAAGAUGAAGUCAUAUUGGCUAGAAACUCAGGUGUCGUUGAACUCGUGAAAAUCUCAAAGCAUGCGAAGGAAAAUGAAGUUGCAGAAACCGCGGUAAAGGAAGAAAGUAAAGGUGUGAUGGAUCCUUUACCUAAAUUCGACAUUUCUGAAUUUGAGAUUGUCAGUUCAUUAUCGAAUCUUUUGAACGACCUGAAACUUGAGCAAUUGUCAAAAAAAUCUGUUAAGAGGACCAAGUUAGUCGAUGAAUUUGUUACAUUAUGUCCUUUAAAGAAUGAGCCGCUGAAUAGCACUUUCGUAGCUGCCACUAAAUCAGGUUCGCUGCAUAUUAUAAAGAAAGAAAAAGAUGGAAAGCUAAAUAAAUUGGCGUCCCUUGAACUAAAAGCACCAUUGGAAUUUCUUCAGCUGUAUGAUCUAGAGGAGGCCCAUGACGAUAAAAUUUUAUUUGCAUAUGGUGGAGAAGAAAAUCUAGUGAAACUGGUUGAAAUGGAAUCUGACUUUACAUCUUUAGAACAAGUAUGGGAAGCUAAAAAUGUCAAGAACGAUAGACUAGAUAUGAGAGUCCCAGUAUGGCCUAUGGCUUUGAAGUUCUUGAAGCCUUCCCCCAAUCAAACAGAUAAAGAUAAACUGAAUUAUCAGUUUUCCGCUAUAUCACGCUGGUCCCAUUUAAUUAAAUACAGUACACAACAUGGCAGGAAGCCUUUUGCCCAAAUAGAUUUAUUACCCAACCGUGACCCACUAUCCCAGAUGGAAGUUUUUGACACACAUGGAAAAAAUGUUGUAUCUUCUUUAGGAAAUUUACAAUCCGGAAGUUUUGACGAGUUGAAUGUAAUUACUACCGAUCUCAAAAGGAACGUGUUUAAAUUUGAUGGAAAGGGUAAGAUGUUAAGCAAGAUAGGUAGAGAUGAUAUCACUGGUACAUCCACUUACGUUCAUGUACAUGGUGGUAAAUAUCUUUUACAAGGUGGCCUAGAUAGAUAUGUUCGUGUCUUCGAUAUAAAAACUAACAAAAUGUUGGUAAAGGCUUACCUUGGGUCUCGUAUAAAUGCCAUUAUCAUGUUAGAUGAUACUGAAAUUGAAAUGCCAUUAAGUGCAAGCGCUAAAGCUGCCAAAGAGAAGCAAAAGAGAAAAAUUGCGGAAAUUGAAGAUGAUGCAGACGAUCUUUGGACCAAAUUAGAAGGAAAAUCAGGUGUAUCUAAAGCUAGCAAGAAAGGUAAAACUUAA